AUUCGGAAUAAUGAUCAGCUAACAAAUUUCAAUUACAGAAAAACUUCGAAACAGUACAAAAUUCCCUAUGGCAGUCGAUGGAUAUAAAAGAUAUAAGGAGGAUAUUAAGCUUAUCAAGGACGCUGGACUAAAUUCUUACAGAUUCUCGAUCUCCUGGAGUAGGAUUUUACCAAAGGGAAGCUUAAGUGGCGGAAUUAACCAAGAGGGUAUUGAUCACUACAAUAGCUUGAUCGAUGAGCUAAUAAAAAAUGGCAUCACACCUUUCGUGACGAUUUAUCACUUUGACAUGCCACUAGCCCUGGAAGAGAAGUAUGGAGGCUUACUGAAUCGCUCAUUCGUGAAUGACUUUAAAGACUAUAGCGAGCUUUUAUUCAAAAAGUUUGGAGACAGAGUUAAACAUUGGUUCACAAUUAAUGAGCCAAACAUUCUUGCUCAAUAUGGAUAUGAACUUGGGAUUUCCCCACCAGGGAGGUGUUCACUUCCAUCAACCCUUUGUGCAUUAGGGUCUCCUGUGAAAUGUUUUGAGACCGUCGGUCCAUGCAAGUUUGGUGGUAACUCGUCAACAGAACCUUACGUUGCAGCCCAUAACAUUAUCCUUGCCCAUGCCACUGUGGUUAAGCUUUACAAAGAAAAAUAUCAAGAACAACAAAAGGGUGAAGUUGGAAUCGUCCUCGCUUCACAAUAUUUUUUGCCCUAUACACAAUCAGAGGAAGAUAAAGCCGCAGCAGGACGACUUUUUGACUUCUACCUCGGAUGGUUUAUGGGACCAUUAGUAUUCGGAGAUUAUCCUCAAAGUAUGAAGGAGAGGGUGAAGGAUAGGCUUCCCACUUUUUCUGCAGAAGAGAAAGUUCUGCUCAAUGGGAGUUUAGGGUUGGUUGGUAUCAAUUAUUAUACAUCAACAUAUGCCAAACAUAAGGCUCCUCCUCCAGGUGAGGCGUUGCGUUAUUCCUUCGAUCAAUGGGCCGAAACAAUAGGUAAGAUAUCUUGCUCUCUAGAGCCAUAA